UACCUCGUCGCGCACAACAUCAAGUCCGCGGACAACCUGGGCUCCCUCGUGCGCACGGCGGGCGCCUUCGGCGCGCGCGAGGUGCUCGUGGUCUCCGCGGAGCGGACGUCGAAGCGCCUGAGGAAGAACCUGCGGACGUUCGGCGCGCACGGCGCGGAGCGGCGCGUGCCGCUGCGCGCCUUCGGCACGCUCGAGCUCCUCGUGUCCUGGGUCAAGGCGCCGCCGCGCAACUGCGAGAUCUUCGGCAUCGAGAUCGACGACGUCGCGGUGUCCUGCGCGGCGCCGGACGCCUUCGGGGCGCCGGCGCUGCCCGCGUGCUUCAUGCCGGGCAACGAGGGCGAGGGCCUGCUGCCGAACCAGAUCGCGCUCUGCGACCGGCUCGUCUACGUGCCCCAGUUCGCGCCCGCGACGGCGAGCCUCAACGUCAACGCGGCGACGGCCGUCGUCCUGUCCUGGUACGCGGCCGCCGCGGGCUACGCCGAGGAGCGGCGGUCCGGCAACAAGUACGACGUCGUCGAC